UCUCCUUUGGGCCACCCGCAGUCCUCCUCCAGCACCGGCACCGGCACCGGCAUAUAGGCGAGUCUCGGCGAUAAACCCUUUUGCUCCCCUCCUCCGUCCACGCUGUUCAGCGCUCUUCCUCCUCCUCCUCUCCCUCCGCCUGGCCUCUUCGCGGUCCUGCUGUCCGCCGCGAUAAUAAACCGGGUGAGAACAAUGCCGGUCUCUCCCAGCUCCUUCUGUUUUAAUUGUCCGUGUGCGCCGGGUAGGUGCCCCACGCUGCCUCAAUGAGUCGUGCGGGACCGGGAAAUCUCGGCGCACGGAAGACUCGGGCGGGUAACCUUCUGCAGUCCGCAAGCUGAGCUCUCGGUCUCCGAACCAUCCUUCAAUCAGCCUACAAGAACCCCGCUUUUCCCUCUUCCUGCCCGCUGCCCCUCCUCCUCCUCCUUCACCACCCUCGUCCUCCUCCUCUUCUGCAUCUUCCUCAUCCUCUCUUCACUGCAAUGUCAAACAUCCUCGCCCGUAGAGCCUCCGUCGCCGCAGCCCGCGCAGUAGCCUCCCCUCGUCUGCGUCUCGGCUUGAUCUCUCCACUCGCCUCGGUCGCUCGGCGUUCAAACUCGGUCUUUGCCAAAAUCCCCCAGGGUCCUCCCGAUGCCAUCCUCGGCAUUACCGAGGCUUUCAAGGCCGAUUCUUUUGCUGAGAAGAUUAACUUGGGUGUUGGUGCUUACCGUGACGAUGCCGGAAAGCCCUACGUCCUGCCGUCGGUGAAGGAGGCCGAGCUCCGUCUCAUCCAGCAGAUGCUCGACAAGGAGUACGCCGGCAUCACCGGUGUCCCUGCCUUCACCAAGCACGCCGCUACUCUUGCCUACUCGCCCGAGUCCAAGGCGAUCAAGGAGGACCGUCUCAUGAUCACGCAGUCCAUCUCCGGCACCGGCGCGCUCCGAAUCGGAGGCGAGUUCCUCGCAAAGUGGUACCCGCACGGCAAGACCAUCUACGUGCCCAACCCUACCUGGGCCAACCACGGCGCCGUCUUCCGCGACUCUGGCCUCGAGGUCCAGACCUACCGCUACUACGACAAGAGCACGAUCUCGCUCGACAUCGACGGACUCCUCGAGGACCUCAACACCAUCCCCAAGAAGUCGAUGGUCCUCCUCCACGCCUGCGCUCACAACCCGACCGGUGUCGAUCCUACCCCUGAGCAGUGGAAGAUGAUCGCCGAGGUCAUGAAGAAGAACGAGCUCUUCCCGUUCUUCGAUAUGGCCUACCAGGGCUUCGCCUCGGGCGACGCCGACAAGGACGCCUUCGCGCUCCGAUACUUUGUCGAGCAGGACUUUGAGCUCGUGCUCGCGCAGUCGUUCGCCAAGAACAUGGGUCUCUACGGCGAGCGUGUCGGCGCCUUCUCGCUCGUCACCGCCUCGCCCGAGGAGAAGAAGCGCGUCGACUCGCAGGUCAAGAUCACCGUGCGCCCGCUCUACUCGAACCCGCCCGUGCACGGCGCGCGCAUCGCGGCCGAGAUCCUCGGCGACGAGAAGCUCAACGCGCAGUGGCUGGCCGAGGUCAAGGGCAUGGCCGAACGCAUCAUCUCAAUGAGAACGUUGUUGAGAGACAACCUCGAGAAGCUCGGCUCGCCCCGCGACUGGUCGCACAUCACCUCCCAGAUCGGCAUGUUUUGCUACUCGGGCCUGACCCCUGAGCAGGUCGACACGCUCCGCACCGAGCACUCUGUCUACCUCACCCGCGACGGCCGUAUCUCGAUGGCCGGUGUCACGUCGAAGAACGUCACUCGCCUUGCCGAGUCCAUCUACGCCGUCACCAAAUAAGUAAUUCCUGCAUUACACCACCAACUCAACCGAGCGUGAACACUGCAAUGCUUGCAAAUAUAUACGAAAAAGCUCAAGAAACAUGCAAUGUUUUACGAUCCGGCCAAACGAAAAUCGGUCCUUCUUUUCUCAUUUUUCUCCUUCCUCUUUUAGAUAUUUUUCUUACUUUCUUUUAUCCACGUUGAUUGAUUGUUCUCCCGUUUUCGGGAAAUAAUACAGAACAGGACGGGGGUAUAUGCUAACUGGCUUAUCAUUUACCUCUCGUCCUUUAUGAUCUGAACAG